AUGGCUGCUGCUCAUAAAAAUCUUCUGCAAUUAUGGUCAAAGGAGCCGAAGGACAACGCCGCCGUACAAAAAGCUUUGAAUGACUUAUCGACUGCUCUCAGCGGAGCCAACGAUAUGAACGACAAGGCGGCAGCAUUAGCGACCAAAGACUUGUACGAAAUUUCGGUGCUCCAGGCGAUUAACAACGGAGAUUUCGAUACAUUCGAUGAUAAUAUCAAUCAGGUGCAUACUUACUACAUAAUGGUGCCAGAAAAUUCUGAAAACAAACAUUUGAUGACUGGAUUGCAUUUGAUGUUCUUGCUAGCUAGCAACCGACUUUCCGACUUCCAUAUGCUUCUUGAACAAGUUCCGCAAAAGGAGCAGACUUCGAAUGCCUACAUCUCAACUCCAGUCCGCAUUGAACAGAGUUUGAUGGAGGGCGCAUACAACAAGGUUGUGCUCACCGAGAAAAACAUCCCGAACCCAUCCUACUCCGUCUUCAUUCGCAUCAUGCUCGACACCAUUCGGCGUGAAAUUGCUGCUUCGAUUGAAAAGUCGUUCAAAGUAUUAACCGCGAAAGAUGCUGCUGUCAUGCUUUUGUUUGACAACGAUCAGCAAAUGCUCAAGUUCGCAGGAGAGAGAAAAUGGCAUUUGGAUGGAGAACGCUUCAUAUUCGAAGUCGAAGUGGCACAAGAGAAACCGGUGAAUCUUGACACCGUUCGAAUCGCCACACAAACCAUUUUUUACGCUAAGCAACUCGAACAAAUCGUCUAA